AGGUAUUGGCACAGGUAUACCAUACAGGUAUACUGUGCCAUUGGCUCAAGAUAAACUGCAGUUUUGGACAAAAUAUCUCAUAGAAACGGACAUCUGUUUGAUGCAGGAGCAGAAAUGUAUAAGAAGCAGACCUUCAAGCAGUCCGAAGACAAAUGUGAGUCUGUCUUCAGUACAUUACCCCGCAGAUCACUUAGUCAGGUUGACAACACCUUAGUGUUCAUCUGUGAACUUCGACAUGGGAAAAUACAGAGGCUAAGAAACAGCAAUAUUGAAGUUCGGGUGCAGCUGCCGAGCCGCUGCAACGUACAUCAGCUCCGUCUGAGCAUAUGCAUCCAGGUCCAGAUGCUGAGCUCCCUCCCAGACCCCUUCAGCUUACUGGACCCCGAGCAGUACCAGCUUUUGUACAAAAAGUGGGAGGACUGGUAUGAGAUUUACGAUGACCACCAAGUUCUGAAUACACUGGGAGUCCAGUGGUUCUUGGAUGCCCGGGGCUCAAAAACAACAAGAAUUCUGAUGCAGCCUCUUCCUGAAGUUACAGAAGAAGCAUGGACUGCCCAGCAGCUGCUGACGUACCUCACUGGAUACAACCUCAUUUCUGUAGCAUCCAACCGGCUGAGUGAACUCAACUUUGCUCGCAGGAAGUUUGCCUCUCCCCGUAGAGAGGAGAUUCGCAGGCGUGACACUAGAACCUAUGCCUUAGAACCUUGGGUUACUUCAGCACCCCUCAUGAAAGAUCAGAAGGUGUUGCUCAGUUAUGAAAUGCUGGUGAUUCUCUAUUAUGAGGACAAGAACUUUAAGGUGAAAGUCGAUGUUAGUGCUUUUCCCAGGUGUCUCAUUGAGAUCUUCCUCCAGAGGAUGUCUGAAAUUGAUAAUACUUUAAAAAAUGCUCCUGAGGAACUGACACUGAAAGUGUGUGGGAGGGAAGAGUUCCUUGAUGGAAAUCAUCCUCUUUCAGAUUUCCUUUGGGUGCGACACUGCUUGAAGACAAUGCAGGAGCUCCACCUAUCUGUGAUCCAUAUAUCAUCACUACUGGAGGACACUGUGAGACCAGAGGAUUGGCCUCUGGUGGACAGUUUCACUGGGAUACCCGGCUUACAUGAAGACUUCUCACUCUCAAACAAGGAGGUAGAGGAUAUCACAAUGAUCUCACUGAGGGACUGUGACAGACCUUUGAGGGUGAAGUUGUUAGGUUUGGAUAUCCCACAGCUCCCCAGCAAAGCCCCACAGACUAUUUAUGUUGAAAGUUGCAUCCUGUAUGGGAGCAAGGUUGUAUCCUCUGUUUGCUCAACUCAGAAGACCUUCACAGAUGAAGUACUGUGGAAUGAGUGGCUUGAGUUUGAUGUGCUCCUUAAAAAUUUACCUUAUGGUGCCAAGCUCAACUUCACUGUUAAUACCACUGCUUCUGAUGGCAGUGCGGCUAAGGAAUCCAAGUCUUUGGCUUCAGAAGGCAAAACACCUGAUUACCAAAAAGGUAAUGGGAAGGUGUUGUUCUUUGUAAAUUUUCUGCUUAUUGACCACAGGUCUGUCCUAAGCCAAGGACUGCAUACCCUGUACAUGUGGCCUUUCCCUGAACAAGAGGAAGAAGUCUUCACCUAUGAAGCUGACAAGCUGUCCUCAGCCACCAACCCUGAACAGAAUUGCUCUAUGGCUAUCACCUUCCUGUUGGACAGGUACAGCUUCCCUGUUGUCCUCCCACGUGGCUACGACUCUUCUGGUGUGUGUCUGUCACCAAGGGUCUCAGAUGCUCACAGUACAGAGUUAGCUUUCUGUGGGUCUCAUUCGAACAAGGCAUCGCCUGCAUCCGGUGGUGGUGUUACCUCGGCAGUGCCUCCCAGGGAUGUGUCAGACAAAGCUUCCCUCAAGAGGUUUAAGGAAGAAAGUACCCACUAUGGCUCCAACCUACCUCAGUUUCUCCGCACGGUCAACUGGCUGAAUCCCAGCACGGUCCAUGAUAUUCACUGGCUGCUUAGUCACUGGAACCCUGAAGACUUGGAGGUUCCUAUAGCCCUUGAGCUUCUUAGUGUGGACUUUGCUGAUGAGCUGGUCAGGAAGUUUGCAGUACAGAAGCUCGAAAGUCUUUCGAAUGAAGAAGUGCUGAGGUACCUGCUGCAGCUGGUGCAGACUUUAAAAGUUGAGCCAUAUCAUGACAGUUAUCUGGCAAGGUUCCUGAUCCAGAGAGCCCUUAGAAGUAAGAGGAUUGGCCACUACUUUUUCUGGUACCUGCGUAGCGAGGUGUCUGGCUGCCUAUACUUCCGGCAGCGCUUCGUAGUGGUUCUGGAAGCCUACCUCCUGGGCUGCGGACAGGCUAUGUUGACAGGCUUCUUGCACCAGGUCCAGCUGGUCGAGUGUCUGCACAAGGUGGCCAUCGACAUUAAGAAGCUUUUCCCCGAUAAGACUGACCUCACAGCAAAUGCUGCUCAACAGCUACAGGACAUGUUGAGGGCCUGCAGUCUUCCAUCACAGUUCCAGGUUCCUUUUGACCCACGUGUGAAAGCAGGGCCAAUAAUGCUGGACAAAUGCAAAGUGAUGGCAUCCAAAAAGAAGCCACUGUGGUUGGAAUUCUCAUGUCCAGAGUCACAGGGACCACCUAUUGCCCCUGUGGGCAUCAUUUUCAAACACGGAGAUGACCUGCGUCAGGACAUGCUGGUCAUUCAGACCCUGGUAUUUAUGGAUUCAGUUUGGCAAAGUCAAUCACUGGACUUAAAUUUGGUGCCCUAUGGCUGCAUCUCCACUGGACAUAACAUAGGCAUGAUAGAGAUUGUAAGGGACGCAGUCACGAUUGCUGCCGUGCAGAGGAGCAGAGGUGGCAACACGGGAGCCUUCAAAAAUGAUGCCUUAUUUGAGUGGCUCAAGGGGAGGAGCUUGGUACAGGAAAUACACUUCCAGGCCAUGGAGAGAUUUGUUACUUCAUGCGCAGGUUACUGCGUGGCCACCUAUGUGCUGGGGAUAGGAGACCGUCACAAUGACAACAUCAUGAUCACAGAUCAAGGCAAUCUUUUCCACAUCGACUUUGGCCACAUCCUGGGCAACACAAAGCGCUUCCUGGGCAUGAACAGGGAGAGGGUCCCGUUUGUCCUGACACCGGACUUCCUGUACGUCAUGGGAAGGUUGAACAAGAGGUCCAGUCUUUACUUCCAGAGGUUCAAGAACACCUGUAUCCAGGCCUACCUGGCUCUUCGCAACCACACCCGACUCCUGGUUACUCUCUUCUCCCUCAUGAUGCUCACCGGCAUCCCAGAGCUCAGCUGCACGCAGGACAUGCGGUACUUGCGGGAAGCCCUCCAGCAGGAUCAAACAGAAGAAGAGGCCUUUAACCACUUCCUGCAGCAGAUCGAUAUUUGUGAGCAGCUGGGCUGGACCGUGCAAGCAAACUGGUGGAUCCACAUGGUGGCCGGGAUCAAGUAGGCCCAGAGCAGUCCUUGGACCAGUCCCCUUGGAAAAUCCAUUUUGUGACUUCAUUGUUUUACAUGACACGUUUAUUAUAACCGAGUUAUAAUUUUAUCAGUAUAUUUUUACAACGCAGAUUUAAAGCCUUCCUCAAGGGUACAAAAGCAAGCAAAGUGGUAGCUGGGAAUUGAACUGGCAGCCUGCUAACCCAUACCACUGCCAUCUCCUGGCAUGUGCAUCGACCUGAAUACAUUCAUUGCUAUAAUGCAAAUCUUUCAGGUCAAGGCUGAGCACAUUGGAACUGACUCAGAGGCUGGGUUUUAUUUUCUACAACUGGAAUCAAAUAGCGUAAGUCCUCUUGAGAAAUAUUCUUGCUUAAUUCUCCUUUGAUUGUUAAAUGUUAGUUAAGAAACAUAAUGUGAAAUACAAUACAGCCCCUGUUCAGUGGCAACAAGCCAUUGUUUAAGAGGCCCCAGUACUUCCCUGUGCUGUGCGGAACAGGAGUGCUGCACCUUAACUUCCCCACAGCGUGCUGCCAUGUACAGUGGUGAGGCUCUUGUGAUCACACUUGAGGGGUCUACUGGAGACACCUUUAACUCACACUCUCCAGGUGAGGAGGGUUUCUACAGGUGCCCUGUUGCCUACAGAGGCACUGUACUUCCAGCUACCAUCCAGUGGUUGUAUUGGGAACUGCACAGCUCCUAUAUUUCCUACCUCUUAUCACCUCUCAGUAGGGCUGGACCUCA